AUGGUGGAUAAGUUCGUUGGCACCUGGAAGCUAUGCGAUAGCCAGGGCUUCGAUGAGUACAUGCAGAAGCUAGGGGUUGGCUUUGCCACAAGGAAAGCGGGUGCCGUGGCAAAGCCAAACGUGAUCAUAUCUAAAAAUGGUGAUGAGAUCUGCUUGAGAACGGAGAGCACCCUGAAAAACACAGAGAUGACGUUCAAACUUGGAGAGGAGUUUGAUGAGACGACUGCAGACAGCAGGAAAACGAGGACUCUCAUAACCUGCAAUGAUGGAGUGCUAAAACAGGUGCAGAAAUGGGAUGGAAAAGAGACAAUUAUCACAAGGGAACUGAAGAAUGAACAGAUGGUGGUGACCUGCACGUUGGAUGAUGUGAAAUGUGUCCGUCUGUAUGACAAGGUGAAGCCCUAG